AUGUCUCUUAACAAGACAGUCCAAAACCCAGAUAAUGAUUACACAGAAGACCCUGAAGAUGAUGUGCCAAACGCGGCUGCAGUGGCAAAGAUCAAUGAUUCGAAUAAACCGAAUCAUGUGGAUGUGCGAAAUAAAAAACGCAGUGCAGCGACUGAUAAUUUACUGAAAAAAGCGUCUGGCAAUGAUCGGGAGAAUGGCAAUGGUAAGCGAAUGAAGAAUGAUGUGUCGGCAAAAGCAUCUGGCAAUGAUCGGGGGGAUGGCGAUGGUAAGCGAAUGAAGAAUGAUGUGUCGGCAAAAGCAUCUGGCAAUAAUCGGGGGAAUGGCGAUGGUAAGCGAAUGAAGAAUGAUGUGUCGGCAAAAGCAUCUGGCAAUGAUCAGGGGAAUGGCGAUGGUAAGCAAAUGAAGAAUGAUGUGUCGGCAAAAGAUCGGGGUAAGGCUGACAAAACACCAGAGAUGAUAGAUGGAGAAAGGUGCGGAGAUGCCACUACAAAAAAAAAUGCUACAUGUGGAGACAUAGGCAACAAAGAAAUUGAGGCAAAAGAUCAAGAGACGAUAACUACAACAAACAAGAACAACGAAACACAAAACAUGCAAGGAUUGUUUGAUGCGCCUACCUUUCACCUGCUCACACAAGACACCGAAUUAGGUGAUGAUGUCGAUGAUACGCAUGACAAAAAUCAAGAAGGGAAGGGAACGGCUGAAAAGGAUAUCACAUGUAAUGCUUUGAUAAAGGAACUCGAAUCAAGACGAAGAAAACCAGUUGGUAGGUUCGCCCGCUUAUGUGAUGACCAUGAAGACGAAAUGGGAAUAGACAUUACAACGGAAGAACAGCGUAUUUGGGAUUUUCUAUUCGAUGUGAAGUACUCAAUGUAA